UGGGUGAGGGCCGAGCCCCGGGAGUUAUUCCUUCCUCCCUGCCUUUCGGGCUCCUUCCUGCUGGCCGGCCAGCGGUAGGCAUGGGCUCGGGAUAACGGCGCGGGCGGGCGUUGGGAGCUGCCGGGCCCCGCUGGCUGAAGGCCUGCCCUGCUCAGGGCUGCGAGCAGCUCACGGCCCCGGACCGCGUCUCUGCCAGCCUGAGGUGACCACAGAUUCCAUGGAAAACCUGCGGAGACCGCAGGCGGAAUUAACACUUAGGAGUCAGCCUUGUUGCUAAGGGAGGCAUAGUGACGUUUGGUUGUCACUCGUGGUGAUCCAAAGGCUCUGUCAGUGCCUGUCCUGCUCCUGAAUGAAAAGAAGUGCUGCUGUGUUCCUUAAAAAUUGCGGCUAGAAUAUGAAAGUUUGUGUCUCUCAUCUAUCAACGAAGAAAGUUCCUCCUCACCCAAGACCUUAUCCAGGAAAGUCAAAAGCUUGAAAGUACCUUUUCCGUAUUCACAGGUUUCCCUUCAUUGCAUUUCCCUUUCUCAUUUGUGGGAGAAGAGCCAUGAAGAACCGUUGCUCAUCUCCCCCUUUGCACGUCCAUGUGGAUGAAAACACCCCUGUCCAUGUGCAUAUUAAAAAGGGGCAGAAAACCACACCUGCAAAAUGCCAGCAAAAGCACAAACAGAAAUCUAAAGGGGACAGUGUGCGAGCUGUACGGGUGAAAACUAAGGCCCCUUGGAUACCCCCAGGCAAAACAAGCGCUCGUGAUACCAUCUUGAAGUGGGAGGAAUCAAGUGAACGCCUGGAAGCUACACCUAACGCUGAGUCUGACAGGAUGCAGUCAGUACUACGCCUCAGUGACCUCUCCACGGAUGACGAUGAUCCCGCUUGCUGCAAAAUUAACAAAUAUGAGAAGAAGAUAGACAGCCUGAUGAGCAUGGUGGGAACACUGAAGAAAGAGGUCAAGAUGCAGCAAAUGGAGGAGCAGGAGGAAAUCACAAAGCGUCUCCUGGAGGAGCAGAAGGAAGAACUGAAUGAGGUGACACAAGAGCUGGUACAAACAGAGAAUGAGAACACGCGGCUCCGGCGCAACAUUGAACGCAUAAAGGAGGAGAAGGACCUGACUGUGCUGCAGAAGGAGUGCUUGCAGCAGGAGAAGGAGUGUUUGCUGUCCAAGCUGAAUGAAGCAGAAAGGGAUGGAGCAGCAGCUGCCAGACAGAUCCAUGCCCUGAAAAAUACCAUUGGGAGACUCAACAUUGAGAAACACAUGAGUAGCACUGAUAUAAAUGCUCUUACAAGACAAAAAGAGCUGCUGCUCCAGAAAUUGAGCACCUUUGAAGAAACCAACCGGACACUCCGAGAACUUCUUGCAGAGCAUCAGUCUCGGGAGAAAGAUGCCCAGAAGGUAAUGGAUCGGCAAGCAAUGCUGCUGAAAAGGCUGUCUGACUUAGAUGCAGAGAACAUGCAACUUCAGAUCAGACUUCAGGGAAAAGAAAAGGAAGUGGAAACCCUCACACUUCAAAUAGUGGCAGAAAAGGAACAGGCAAAGAAAGCAUUUGAACUUGCCAGAUCCUUGGAGUCUGUGAAAGCCCAUUUACAAGCCCAGGUGCGGAGCAGAGACGCUGAGAACAGCCGUCUGACCUCACAGCUGCGGAAUACAGAGGCCAGUGAAAAUCAGACUAAGGGAGAGAUGGAGCUUCUUCUGGAGCAGCUGCAAGACCUGAGGUGCAAAUCAGAGUGUGAUAAAGAGGCCCUGAAGAAAGCAGUCCGUGCACAGAAAGAGCGGGCGGAGCGGAAUGAGGAGUAUGUGCAGAAACUGACUGCCCAGCUAGCAGAAAAGGAAAGCGCUGUUGCUGAGGCCCAGUGCAAUCUCGAGUCCUGGAGGAAUCGCUGCAGCAAAGCAAUGAAGGAGAAGGAUGACCUUGAACUGGAAGUCGUUACACUGAACAGCCGUGUUGCAGACCUGGUGGAACAACUGGCAAAGAUCCAGGAACAGACACGGGACGAAAACGAAGCUUUGGUAGAUAAAGUACAGCAACUGACUGGAGAGAACAACGCUUUAAAGAAAGACAAUGAAAAACUAAAGGCUGCUCUGAUUUCAAUGGAGGACAAGCUGAACCAAGGACAGAUGGAAUUGCAACAUCUCCAGAGCUCUGUCAGGAGCUACGAAGGGUUGAUUGAAACCUACACAGCACAGGCACAGAUGGCCCGAAAGGAUGCAGAUGAGCUGGCAGCAAGAUUGGAGAAGUGUGAAAAAGAGAACCAGAGAAUAAAGGAUGAAAUGAGGAGGGAGAUUGACGAGACUCGUGAGAAGUUCCAGAGCCAGAUUUCUGAACUGGAAAAGCUGCCUGAGAUCCUGAAGUACACUGAGACACAGCUGGCGGAGUGCCAUCAACAGCUCAUGUGUUACGAGAAGAAGAACACGGACCUGUGUGGCAUGAUUUCAGACCUCCGUCAGCUGAUUGACCUCCAGGGGGACAAAAUGGAGAUGACAAGAGAGAGAUAUCAGUCUGCCCAAGAGGAGAAAAAGCAACUCACCUUGAAGGUGGAGGAGCUAGAAAGAAAACUAGAGUCCACGAGUGCCCAGAACAUAGAAUUCCUUCAGGUCAUAGCAAAACGUGAGGAGUCGAUCCACCAGUGUCAGCUGCGGCUGGAGGAGAAGAGCCGUGAGUGCAGCUCCCUGGCACGCCAGCUGGAGAUGGCCAUUGAGGAUGCCAAAAAACAAGUGGAACAAGCUCGAGAACGAGCGGUCUCCAGAGAGAGGGCAGCCCAGUCCAAGGUGUUGGAUUUGGAGACCCAGCUGAGCAGGAGUAAAACAGAGCUGAACCAGUUGCAUCGGAGCAAAGAGGAUGCAGAGCGCCGAUUCGAAAGCCGCCUCCAGGACCUGCGGGAUCGGCUGGAGCAGUCGGAGAGCACCAACCGCAGCAUGCAGAACUACGUCCAGUUCCUCAAGUCUUCCUACGACAACGUUUUUAGGGAAAGUGCUUUUCUGGGCUCCCCCAGCCACACUCGCUGUCUUCUGUGAGAGCAAUGCUUUGCUUGCACCUUUUUUAAGCACAGAGUAGGAGCUUUGUUUCAAAAGCCAUAUUGAUAUAGAAAACUGGUUGGCAUUUCAGGGUCACUGUUGGGAGGUUUUUUUAUUGUAGAAUGACAAAAUAAAAUGAUGUUGGCAUCUGAUCAAAAUGUGGGGUAUCAGCAGUACUGGUUUGGUGCUGGAGGUUGGUGUUACACCAUAAACUGAGUCCCAGAACCAGGUGGUUUUGCAUAUAAUGGAAAAGAUCCUUUUCCUCCUGUUGGGUCAUGAUGGUUUCAGCUCUUAAAACCUGUCAGAGGUUUGUUGAGUGUGUUAAUUCUUGUAAGAGCUUUUUUUGUGCUUCACUUCUUAUUCGGUUUCUCUGUUGGGGAGAUCAUGUGGGAUUUUUUUAAAAUAAUUUUUUAUACUGUUGGUGUGAUGCUGAAAAUAACUGAGGUGCUUGGGCUCUACACUCACAAGGAGAUAAUCUCCUGCACAACCACAGUGUUUGUAACAAUUUUAUACCAGAAAUUAUGAGUUUGGUUUGGUUUUUUUAUACUUGAUUCUUGUAUACUCCUGAUCCUUACCUUUAUUUGUGAGUGUGAUGCUAAUGUUGCUUUACUCCUCUUACCCUGAUUUUCUGAUCCUGACUAUACCCACCCAGGACUGAGCCAAAACAAUUAAAUUUGAAGGAAAUCAGUGUCAUUUCAUUUGGGAUCUUGGUGCAAAUUCCAUGUGAGUUCUGGGGGUGUGUGAAAUCCUGACUUUGCCUUAAGCCAGCUAAGGAACAGCUGGAGAUAUUCAACUUCAUCAAAUUCUCCUGCACCUUCUGGAAAAUCAGGUCUUUUGUGUUUCAAGUCUCUAAAGUCCAUGUGCUCUCUAGUGUCCUAUUGUUUCUACUAAAUGGUUCUUAGGGAGACAAAAAUAAACCUUGUUUCUAUUUUUCUGUCUUUUGUAUCCUAUUUAUAUGCUAUGUGAUGUGGUCACUGGCAGUAUUUGCCAUGAAAGUUUUCUAAACUAAUCAGUUCAAAAGAUCUGUAAUUGUGCGUGUUUAAAAAUCCCAGAAGU